AUGUCCGUAUCACCAAUAAUUCAGGAGCUGACAUCCAACUUAAGAAGCUCGAAGGCCCAAUUGAAUGUUGUUACCCAGCAACUGGAUCGGUUAGAAAGACAAGAUAUGUUAGCAAAAGUUACUGCUACAGAACUAGAAUCAUAUCCCGUAGACAAGGUAUGGAGGUCCUGUGGUAAAGCAUUCAUUUUGCAAGACAAAUCCAAAUACGUCGACGAUUUGAAACAUGAUGAAGUUAUCGUUAAGGACCAAAGCAAGGCAUUAUUGAUAAAGAAAAAUUAUCUAGAAACAACUGUGGAAAAAAUCGUAAUGAAUUUAAGGGCUGCUCUAGCGAAAAAAUGA